UCAUUUUCUUUCAUACUACUAGACCAUAUACACUCUAUACAUGGGACUGAGGCGGAGCUGAGGUGUGGGACUGUGAAGUGUCAUAUACAUAACGGAACUAAACGGUUCUUUAUUAUUUACACCAACUUCUGCCGAAGGAUAUCAUGUCUGCGGCUUGUUUCGCUUUGAGCAAGAAUGUCUUGGCUUUACGUAACUCUGGAGCCAUUAUGCUGGUGCGAUGCGCUCAGACAGCAGUAGCUCCAGCUGCUGAACCGCGGAUAAAGAAGUUCCAGAUUUACCGCUGGGAUCCCGACACUCCCGGAGACAAACCUCGAAUGCAGACCUAUGAGAUCAACCUAGACACUUGUGGCCCAAUGGUUUUAGACGCCCUUAUUAAAAUCAAGAAUGAAAUAGACCCUACUCUCACAUUUAGACGCUCUUGCAGAGAAGGAAUCUGUGGCUCCUGCGCAAUGAACAUUAAUGGAGGCAACACACUGGCCUGUCUCAACAAAAUCGACACUAACACAAGCAAACCCUCUAAGAUAUAUCCUCUGCCUCACAUGUAUGUGGUGAAGGACCUGGUUCCGGACAUGAGCAACUUUUAUGCACAAUACAAGUCCAUAGAACCAUACUUAAAAAAAAAGGAUGAGAGUAAAGAGGGGAAGAAUCAGUAUUACCAGUCAGUGGAGGACAGACAAAAACUGGAUGGUCUGUAUGAGUGUAUCCUGUGUGCCUGCUGCAGCACCAGCUGUCCCAGUUACUGGUGGAAUGGAGACAAGUACUUGGGCCCUGCCGUCCUGAUGCAGGCUUACCGAUGGAUGAUUGACUCUCGUGAUGAGUUCACUGAGGAGCGACUGUCUAAACUGCAGGACCCUUUCUCUCUGUACCGCUGUCACACCAUCAUGAACUGCACCAAAACAUGUCCAAAGGGACUCAACCCAGGAAAGGCCAUCGCAGAGAUCAAAAAGAUGAUGGCUACUUACAAGGAAAAGAAGGUGGCAGCUUCAUGAAUUUAUACAUUUGUGAAGAUACAUUAAAGGCACUUGAAUUCAUGGAGCAUGUAUCUUGGUCGAGACUUUUUUUUUUUUACAAACACUUUAAAAGCUCCUUUUGUGAAGUGUUUUUAUGAAGUACACUAAUGCUGGUUUGACAUCUAACAUUAUGUAUUCUUUAUGUAAAUAUUAAAAAAUGUCCUUGUCAUUAUUAUGUGGGAAAAACAGAGGUGUUAUUUUUUUCUUGUGAAAAUAAACUCAAUUGUAAAAAGUUA